UACGCAAGCGGAAGUUGAGUUCCUAGAGGAGCGUCGGAAGGUUCGGGAUGGCAGCAGACGGGUUUAAAUGGGUUUUUGAACGCGGACGGAAGAUCAUGAGCUCAUGUGUGAUCACAGUUCUGUUGCUGUUGGACAUUUACUUCACAUGUGUGAUCGGGUAUCUGAGCUCUCCUCAUGUGGGUCAGGAACCGCCGUACGCGGCCCAGCAGAACCCUGUGAUGAGCAGCCCGGCCGCCCUGACAGCGUCCUCAGUGUCGUCAGUGGUCACCGGAGAGAACUACACAGCGAGAUGUCCCAGUGACGGUCUCUGCACUAAACUUCCUGCUGAAUGCAUCAGCUGCGCGUACCAUCACAACUGCAGCUACGGCCAGCCAACCAACUUCACCUGCAACACCAGACCCGGCGUCCGUUGCGUGAAUGGGUCAGGUGAGCAGCAGCAGAACUUCACACUGACGGUGGAUUGUCGUUUCUGCUGGCAGUUGGAUGCGUCUCAGUAUCUCUGCUCUAAUUCCACCAGCUGUAUGACGGUGUCGUGUCCGCGCAGGCGAUAUAGCGCCACCUGUGUGGUUCUGGAGCUCGCGCACUGCUUAGGCCGGAGAGAGUUUCAGAAGCGUUUGUUUUGUAACUGGACUGGAGGAUAUAAGUGGUCAACGGCCCUUGCGCUCAGCAUCACUCUGGGCGGCUUCGGUGCGGAUCGCUUCUAUCUGGGUCAGUGGAGAGAAGGUUUGGGGAAGCUCUUCAGUUUUGGUGGUCUGGGCAUCUGGACCCUCAUCGAUGUUCUGCUGAUAGGAGUGGGUUACGUGGGUCCGGCUGAUGGAUCUCUCUACAUCUGAGGCCCUGUGGGCUGGAGAUUGACUGACUCUCAGAUUUCCAAGCAGAUUAGCACAUGUUGCUGUCCAAACUCCCACAGCGUCGGAAUCCCAUCUGCUCUGAAUGUGUGUUCAUGUGUCCAGCAUGUCUGAGAAACAUCGCCCUUCCACACACACACACACACACACACAUAUCUGAUCUGGGCUGAGGACGACGACGACGAUGAUGAUGAUGAAGACCAUUUAAAUCUUUCAUCAGGAUGGUGGACUCUGAAGAAACAUGUAAAAUAUGAAUCUGAAUUGUGUAAUAUUAUACUGUAUAUAUAUAUUUUUGGUUUAUAUGUUUAUGCUUUGAUGUGUCUCAUUCAUGGUCAUGUUGUUGUUUUAAUGUCACAGAACUGAUCAAUAAAGCUCUUCAGGUGA